UCUUGUAAUUGUCCUCCACUGUGUUAGUCUUCUUGCAUUAUUUUUUUUCUUCAUAAGGGACAUGAAUUGCUCGACUCUUUCCUUUUGUUUUGAUUAUUUUUUCACUAUUUGGUCCGUGAAAGGCCUGUCCUUUUUUUUACUUUGAAGGGCUCGUAAAAUUUUCUAUGGUUACGCGUUCUUUCGCAGCUCUUUCCUUCUGCAUUAUUUAUUUUUGGGUGGUAAAAGUUGAGCCUUCAUAAUAAACUGGGUCGGCAUUACUCCUAACAUUCCAAAAGUUUAGGUUGCUAAGGGAAGAGAAAAGAAGACAUGGAGAGCGUUGCAUCUGGUUCUUUCCUUUCCAUUUCAAAUAAGAUUCAGAUUCUCAAAUAAAGAAAAAUAUGAUGAUGUCUUGGCUGUUUUCUGCUUUCCUGUUGGCGAUGGAUCCAGCUACCUCAAUACGUUUUUGGCAACGACGGGCUAUAUAUUAUCCAAAUAACACACACACACACACACAGUUUUGACAAUUUUUGUUAUAUCUAGCUUAUAUCCAUUUAUUGUUGAUUUCUGAUGAUGCAGAAACUGUAGACAGUACUUUAAUCGUCAAUGGUACAAGCAGCUCCCAAGAAAAAGCAGAAAUUAGUGAAACUGUAGACAGUACUUUAAUCGUCAAUGGUACAAGCAGCUCCCAAGAAAAAGCAGAAAUUAGCGCGACUUAUUCCUGGAGCCACAGCCCUGAAAGAGAUCACGCCGCCGCAACUAUUCAAAAAUACUAUAAAGGUUUUCGGGCCAGACGAAUCCUAGCAGUCAUGAGUGAAGCUGCCGCAAUUAGGAUUCAAAAACACUACAGAGGUUUUCGGACCAGACGAAACCUAGCAGACAGUAUAAUUGCGGCUGAGUUACUAUGGCAAACGACCCUGUCUGAUACCCAAAAAGUGGGUAAACUUGCAAUAACUGUAAACAUCGAGAGUGAAAAACAUAUCGUGUCACUCUUGAAAUGGUUAGAUACAAGAUUUAACAAGUAUGGUAAGCUAUCCAGCGAUCAACUAGCCCUACUACAUUGUUGGGAAACUAUUGAUCCACGACUUCGUUAUUCUUGGAAUUCACAUUUUUUUUAUCUGAUCUGGGGCGAUCAAUGUUUCUUGGGGAGUUCGAAGUUUGACUCAUAUAAAAUUGGUGAUCUAAAGAGAAGAGAAUCAUUAUUCACCACUGGAAAGCCAACAUCUGUUCAACUAAGAAUGAAUACGGCAUCAUCAACUCAGCAUUGGAUAUCUGAGCUUACGAAGGCUUGGAAGACCUGGAAAGGAGCCUUGCAACGUUGGCUGGAAGUUAUUGAUCCACGCCAUCGGGUUGGACGCAAUUUAAACUUUUACUUUCAGAUGUGGAUGACUAGCAGUGGUGGCCAACCUUUCUUCUACUGGUUGGACGUUGGCGAUGGAAAAACAGUAGAGCAUCUGGAAUGCUCAAGGGAAAAGCUGCGUCACGAACGCAAUACAUAUCUUGAACUAGUAAGCAAAUCGGAGGCAGUUCAAUCCCUUAUGUCCCUUGUGCUCAGGAGUGAGAGCAACACCGAGAAAGAUAUAAAUAACAAUCAACGAGAACAUGACCGGGCAUAUGGAUUCAAUCAACAGGCAAGCAAUUCGGAGGCAGUUGAGUCCCAUGUGUCCUUAAUGCCCAGGAGUGAGAGGGACACCGAGGAAGAUAUAAAUAACGAUCAACGAGAACAUGACCAGGCAGAUGGAUUCGAUCGACAGGCAAGCAAUUCGGAGGCAGUUGAGUCCCCUGCGUCCUUGGUGCCCAGGAGUGAGAGCAACACCGAGGACGAUAUAAAUAACAAUCAACGAGAACAUGACCAGGUGGAUGGAUUCGAUCGACAGGCAAGCAAUUCGGAUGUAGUUGAACCCCCUGCGUCCUUGGUGCCAUCUAAAGGUCAAAAUCACCAGACAGUAUUACAAAUUGAAGGUCAAAAUCACCAGACAGUAUUACAGAUUGAUUUAAAAAACUAUAAACGAACACACAACGGGCCGGCAGAUGGAUUCAAUCAAAAGGAUCUAUUGAGAAGAAUCUUCUAUGCUAUGAACCUUCUGUUUGAGAUUGCAACUGCGGUUCUUGAUUACUUGUCUUCUCAGCAGCGUCAACCCCGGUAUGCGCUAUGUGGUAUGAUACUGUCAAUCACUGUCAUGGCCAUCUCCUUAAUUCAGCUUGCUUACACCGGUGGAAAGGAAGAGGUUAGUUGGCAGUGGAAGGGCUGGAUACCUUGGUUUUAUCAUCGAGCUCCACCUCACAAGCUUUUCGGAAAUCCUGUUCACAUUCUUGAAUUGCUUUUCUCCGUCUCUCAAUGUGUUUUUGCAAUAAUUGCCUACCACUAUUUGUCUCGAGACCAAAACAAUCCUACACAGUUUUCUAUUUAUCCUAUAGCCUUUGCUUUUUGUUUGUUGUGUCUCAGUUUUAGACGACGCGAGCCAUGAGUUUCAUCCUAGUUAAGGUUUCGGAGAAAAGCUGAUAAUGUGGACAUUUGUAUGCGCUGUGAAGAAGGGCCGUGUAAUGUGCAUUCCUUAUUUACGUGAUGUCUUUCAUCUGUGUAUUCCACUAAUUAUUUUAAUCUAAAAACACCUUUAUAUA